GCUCCGGUGUCAACUCAGCCACUUUGCACGUUUGUUGCACAAUCGGAUUCGGAACCUCUAUCUUUCACUUUUGUCUCCAAAAAUCUGAUCUCUACAAACUCACAUGAACUCCAUUAAAGUUCACCAAUUUGACUAACUCCCCAGAACCCAACAAGGUAAGAUCUUCUCUCUCUCUAUCUCUUUCUCUCUAGAGAACACAAAUCAAGAAAUGUACAACACUUAUGUUAGUUCAACUCUAUCACUUGGGUGUAAUGGGUCACUUUCCUUUUCAUUCAAUGACUGCUCUUACUUGAAUGAUAGAUUUGAUAGAAACCCAAUUCCAUUAUCGUCACAAUCAUGCUGUUCUUGUUGUGCAAAUUCUCAAUAUAGAUGUCCCAUAAGCCCUAGCUUUUCAUAUGGGUUGGGCCAAUCUGCUCUGAUUCAGUGGUCAGGUACUAGGAGGCUGAUUUUGGGUGGUGGAGACCGGUAUUAUCACCGGUUUCCGGUUCACGAGACGGGUUGGAGUAGUUGUUGUUGUGGGUAUGUAAGCCCUCUCAAGGUGAGGAGUGUUAGUGGUAGAAGAGGGAGGUGGGAAGAGGGAAGAUUUAAGGGUAUGGUUUCGGAGGAAAAGAGAAAGAGACAUCAUUCGCACUGUGUCGAUGAUGAUGUGGAAGUAAUUCUCAGCUUGUUGACUGAGGUAGUGGGUGAGGAGUGUUUUCUCUUUAGGGAGAGAAGUGGUAGUUCGUCUAGGAGGGUGGAAGUGGAGAAGGGAAGUAAUGGUGGUCGUACUUCUUACAGUAGUAAAAAGAAAAAUGUUGGUUCGGGUUUGUUGGAGAGUAAUUCGAAGAGCGAAGUUGCAUCUGUUAGGAUUCAAUUGAGGGAAGAGGAUUGUAGACAAAAAGAAAAUAAGGAAAAUUGUUUGAGGGGUGAGAAACGUAGGGCGAGGAAAGAAGGAUCCAGAUCUAGUUGCUCAUCUUAUUACUCGUGUUCUUCGUUAGGAGAAUUUGAGGGUGAUGUUGAAGUUCAGGCUAGGCAAGAGGGAUAUGGAGGGGAAUUGACAAGUGGGUUUAAAAGGGAUUCAGUGAAAAGUGGAGAAGCGACAUAUGAGGGGGAAAUUGAGGAAGAUGUAAAGAGACAGGGGGUUGUUAUGCAACAAGAAAAAAUUCCCGUAGGGUUGUAUGCAGCAUCAAGUGGUGUUGAAUGUGAUUGGAGAAAAGCAACUGAGAAAAAACUUGCUGACGAGUCGAUUGAACAAACGGAGUCUAGGGAAGAAUCGUUACAGAAGCACACAAGAUUAUCAGAAGUCCACGAAUCUGGUUAUAGAAAGGAUUUUUCUUCUCAAAGGAAAUUUGAUGAAAAGGAAGAAAAGUCAACUUUGCGUGUGAGUAUUGAUGGUGGAACAAGACAGCGAUAUAGUCAAAGAAGUGACCAAAUUGCUGGACAGUCUGAAUCAAGAGUGGAGUACAAACAUUCUACUGGAAUGCAAGAGAUCCGUAGCAGUGAUAUUGAAGCAAUUUCUAGCUCUGAUGACAAGCAUUUCAGCGGUAAGGAAGCAAACAUAAGUGCAGAAGGGUUGGUUCGGGAAACAAGACAUGAACAUGCUAAAACGGCUGGCCCUAUUAGCCGAAAAGAUGACUAUAGAAGAAAUUCCCAGCAACUCAGUGAAGUGUCAGAAAUUCAAGGAAUCAAUGUUAAAGGGACCUAUAGCUCACAGGGACAGUCUAAAUCUAGUUUGAAGAACAUAGACAACAAAUCAACAUUGAUUUUGAGUUCGGUUCAGGACAUGCAAGAGCAAGCCCAUUUAACAAGUCAAUUGGACUCCAGACAGAUGGAAUAUAGAAGAAAACAGUUGACUGAAGUAUCAGAUAUGCACGAGAUUGAUAUUGAUAACACUUCAGCUUCGUUGAGGCAGUCUGAUAGUUCAUUUGUGGAUGCCAACAGACAACAGUUCCAAACAGGUCAAAAAGCUAUUAGGAGAACAGAAUCAAGAAAAGGAUCCCAAGAUGUGAGCAGUGCAGUACUUGAUCAUUCGAGUGAUGCUCAAGUUACUAACACUCAAAGGCAGUCUGAAAAGACAAUGAGUAGUCAAGAAACAUAUUCGACAUUGAUGGUGAAAUCGACCAAGGAAACCGCAGAAAGACAUAAUCAGACCGAUGAAAGAGUCGUUCAAAUUGGAUCAAGAAAAGAGGCUCAAAGGCCCACUAAGGCAUUGAGUUUCAGUGAGGAAACUUCAAAAGAGGCCUCUAGUUCCCGAGCAUCUUUGAUAUUGAAAACUCAACCUACAGUGCAACAAAUUGGUGUGCUCCACGUGGAGCCUUCGUACAUUAUUUCUCAUGAAGAUGCACUGGGUUCUGCUGAUCGAUUACAGAAAUCCUCCAUGCACUUUGUGGGUGAGUUUGUUGAGAAGAUGACACACGAAGUCUCAAGUUCUGAAAUCCAAAAGGAAAGUAGAAUUUCCGAAACAGAGUUGGUGAAUGAAGGCCAUAAGCAUCAGGAAAAAAGCUCAAGUCAUUAUGGUUCUGGAGACUUUAAGUCUAGGGAGUCUGACUCAUGGCGCUCUUCCCGGAAUUCUGGUGUAAAAGGGCCUUCAGAUGAAAUAUGGAAUGUGACAGAUUCAUCUGUUCAGGAACCUGUUGAGACAGAAGUACCAGAAAGAAAUUCACCAGCCACCAAUACCGUUGCCAAGAGAACAGGCAGGUCCAUGUGGAAUAUCAUUGUGGAUAUAGUUCGAUUGCGAUGGGCUUCCAGUUCUGAAAGCCAUAAUUCAACUCUAAAUUUGGAGUGUAAUUCUACUAGUUCGCCAAAUCAAUCAGUUAGCAGUGAAGCAUGGUUCUCUGGUCAUGAGCAAGAUGAAAACAAUGAUGAGAAUGUAAAAACGGAAAAGAAAAGCAAGUCACAAGAUUCCAAAUCUUCUGGUCAACAAAACCCAGUAACAAUUCCCACUCAAAGUCAAGGAGAAGGGUCCAGCUCAACAAGUUCAAAGGACGAAAUAGUUCCUGUAGGAGGGAAUACACAAUCCUUUUCAAGUGGCUCAGCAUCCAAAGGCAUUUCUUCAGUCUGUGAAGAGAAUUUCGGAAGGAAUGAAACUACAAAAAACCAUGUUAGUAUUUCCGACGAUGCAAUAGUGGAACCACCAGUACUAAUGCCUUCUUUACACAUUAGAAGAUCUCCUCGUGUAGAUGAAAUUCCAGAAGAUGGUAAGACCGAUGUAUCUGGAAGUGGUUCAUCGGUGCAGAAGGAGCAACUAAUUGGUGCUGGUCUAACUGAAGUAUCAGGGACUGAGGGAAAGGGCGGGGAAUUGAAACACAGAAAGCUUCAACGUACCAAUCAGGUCAUGAAAGAUAGAUUUGAUGAAUGGGAAGAAGCAUAUAAACUUGAAAGUGAGCAGCGAAAAAUUGAUGAAAUAUUUAUGAGGGAAGCGCUGUUAGAGGCCAAAAAGGCUGGUGAUAUAUGGGAGGUUCCUGUCGGGGCUGUGCUGGUACAACAUGGAAAAAUAAUUGCUCGUGGGUGCAACCUAGUGGAAGAAUUGCGAGACUCCACCGCCCAUGCAGAAAUGAUUUGUAUACGGGAGGCUUCAAAUGUACUCCGUACAUGGAGGCUUGCGUUCUGCUAUUACAGAAACAGUUUGGAGGUGAAAUUUUAGUGGUACCAUGUACAGAAUCUCCAGUGUCAGUGAAUGCUUUAUUGCAACUCCCUGUGGAACUAUGAACCAAGGCGAGGUUUUAGUGGCUAGUGUUGCCUGGAAAAUUGUGUGAUCUUAUCUGGUUUACUUGUUCAACAUAUGAGAUAGAGCUGAUUUAGGAGUAGUAUGACAGCAAGAUAGUUCUUUCAAGGUUGAAGUACUGAAUGCCCUGGAAAUCUCAUUGUGCUUGCAUGCAAUGUCCUUAGAAUGACAAAAUAUUGAGCAAGGGUCAUCGGUGCAGUGGAAAAGCACCAGACUCCUAGGGGUCAGCCAAGCUCAGCGUACUGGGUUUGAGAUGCCGAGUAGAUUUAGUUCAAGAAACAAAAGUGAUUGUCUGAUGAAUAAAAAGACGCUAGGGUUGGCAGCUGUUUGACUCAAUGAUGUAUUCCAAUUAAUUCAAUUAGCUAGCUGUCAACCCCUCAAUUUCCUUCUAAAACCACAAUUACUUUCCUCUUCAUUCCAAAGGAAUUAUAUGAGGACACUUUGUUAGUUCUUGUGCCCAUUAUUGUCGAAUCGAAAAUCAAAUCAUUGUGAAU